AUGGCUAUUCUCGCUGCUUCCAUCAUUACCCGUAGCGGUAAGGCUAUCCUAUCGAGACAGUUCAAAGAGCUGACCAAGAACAGAAUCACCGAGCUUCUGGCAAACUUCCCAGCUUUGCUGUCCGAGAACAACACGCAACAUACCACUGUUGAGGAUGAACACGUUAGAUACGUCUACCAGCCACUGGAUGACCUCUACAUUCUGCUGAUCACCAACCGCCAGUCCAACAUCCUGCAGGAUAUCGAGACGCUGUCCUUGUUUGCCGAGACCGUCACCUCACUGCUGAGAGUUGUGAACGAGAAUGAGAUCUUUGACCAUGCCUUUGAAAUCCUGAGUGCGAUGGAUGAAAUAGUGACUCUUGGAUACAGAGAGAACCUUUCGUUCAUACAGAUUAAGGCGUUCUUGGAGAUGGACUCGCACGAGGAGAAGAUCCAGGACAUCAUCGAGCUGAACAAGCAGAUGGAGGCCACUGAGGAGAGAAAGCGUCGUGCCAAAGAGAUCCAGAGAAAGGAGAGGGACCGUCGUAAUAACCAGUUCAACACCCCUGCUGGGUUCCAAGGGGGGAUGGGCUCUACAAACUCGUUUGCUCCUACUCAAGACUACUCUGCUCCUCAGACAAACUAUGCGCCAACACCUGUCGAUCCAACCCCAUCUCAUAGACCUGCACCAAGAGGACGUGGGUUGCAGUUGGGCAAGUCGAAGAAGUCUUCGUUCGAACCAAGCUCUGCUCCAUUGAUCUCUGAACCAGAAUUACCUAGACAAUCUAUCCAAGAGCCACAACAACAGUACCAGUCUGCAAGACAAGAGGCCACACCUCCUGUCGAUGAUAAACCACUGAACAACGGUAUCUUGGUUACAUUGGAGGAGAAGGUUACUGCUGAAAUUACUAGAGAAGGUUCCAUUGUCUCUUCUGAAUUGAAGGGUGUUCUGCAACUACGUAUCAAUGAUCCAGAACUUGCGUUGGCUAAGAUCUUGUUAGAGGCUAAGAAGGACGAUGGCGUUCAGUUCAAGACUCAUCCAAACGUUGAUAGAAAUCUGUUUGCAGGCUCCUCUGUAAUAGGGUUGAAGAACCCAGAAAAGCCAUUCCCAUCAAAUGACCAGAACUUGGGUGUCUUGAGAUGGAGAGGUGUUGGUAAGGCCGAUGAUAACAAGUACGUUCCAAUCCAGUUCACCACAUGGCUCACGGCCAAUGGCAACUCUACCGAUGUCACUUUAGAAUUCGAGUUGAACGAUAGCUAUAAUGAAGCUAUCACGAACAUUACCAUCCUGGUUCCAGUUUAUACCGAUAACGUUGAGCUCAAAUCUGAGAACGCCCAAAUCAGCGAGAUUUCUGAUGAAGGUAUCAUCUUCCAAUUGGAAUCGUUGUCACCUGGUGAGAAUGGCGUCUUGGAGUUCUCCAUUGGUGCCAACGAGGACGAUCUUUUCCCAAUUGAGGUUAGCUUCACGAGCGAGAACCCUGUGAACACUUUGGGCCAUGUCAAAGUGUUGGACGUGGUUAGUGUUUCUGAUGAAGAGUCUCUCCCAUUCGAUUUGAUAUCUGAGUUGACUACUGAUGGCUAUUUCAUUGUCUAA